AUGGUGUCUCUGACCAAGAUCAAUGGUGUCUCUGAAGAUGCCAUCAAGCUGAGACUCUUCCUUAUGUCUCUAGCUGACAAGGCUCACCAAUGGGAGAAGAGCCUGCCCCAUGGCACAAUCACCACUUGGGAUGAAUGCAAGAAGGCGUUUCUUGCUAAGUUUUUCUCCACCGGCCGCACAGCCAAGCUAAGGAGUGAGAUAUCAAGCUUCAUUCAGAGAAACAAUGAAACUUUUGCUGAAGCUUGGGAGAGAUUCAAGGGCUACACAAGUCAGUGCCCCCAUCAUGGUUUCAACAAUGAAUCAUUGCUCUCUACUCUCUAUAGAGGAUGCUUGGCAAGGUAUAGAGAGAUGUUAGACACAGCCAGCAAUGGGAACUUCCUCAAUCAAGAUGUGGAAGAUGGCUGGCAGCUUGUGGAAAACAUUGCAAACUCCAAUGGAAGUUAUGGAGAAGAGUAUGAUCGCACCAACCGGAGCUCGACCCACAACUCGAUCGAGUCCGAUGAGAAAUUGAGAAAAGAUGUCAAAUCGUUGAAUGAGAAAUUGGCUGAUAUCAACUCCAAGAUUGAGAAUCUCAACACAAGAGUUUACUCUCUGGAGAAUCAUGCUUCUUCUGUUGCUGCUGCUACAAAGCAAGGACAACUACCUGGUAAAGCUAUUCAGAACCCCAAGGAACAGUGCAAGGUCAUCUUCACUCAAGAGGGGCUUAAUGAAGAAGAGGAUCAAGAGAGAGUCAUGGAAGAGUUUUGUUUACUGCUAAUGAAUGAUGAGAUUGUUGCUGCUGAGGCUCCUGGAGUCCAGAUUGAUCAACCUGAAGUGUACGCUACUCCCAUAGCCAUUCACACUUCACCAGUUGAGCUUGCACAACAAGCUCGAUCGGCAGCUCGAUCGAGUCGACCUAGCUCGAUCGAUCAAGGCCACAAGGAAGUGAUUCACAAGUUCAGAAGAGAUCUCAGUGGGAUUGGAAUUGAGUUGCCUCCUAUGGAAAGCAUGAGUGAGGCAUUUGAUCAAAUGAAGAUGGUCAAGGAUGUUAUGGCCAACAGUGAUAAAGUUUCAGAGCAUCAAUCUGAUCUCCCUCACAAUGGCAGAGAAGCUAGGCAUUGCUGGAGCAUUGCAGCGCCCUACUACUUCAAUCAUGUUUGGAGAUGCAACUUCAAGUCUCCUCUUGGUGUGUUCAAGAACUAUCACUUGAAAAUAGGAGAAUGCAUCAUCCAAACUGAUCUCACUGUCAUGGAGAUGGAAGAAGAGAAGGAUCUACCUCUGCUAUUGGGAACCCCAUUCCUUAGCACAGUUGGCGCUUCAAUAGACUUUCACAAGCAAGAAGUGAUUCUUCACAAGGUGAAUAGUUUGGUGUCAUAUCGCUUGCAGCCUAGAGGUUCAGACUUUUGUGCCACAAUUGAAAGCACUCCUCUCAGUUCCAAAGCUCCUGAAGCUACAAAGGUUGUGAAGGAAAGGGUUGACAAAGAGCCAAGAGUUGUGAGAGAUAGUUGA